GAUGCUUGCCGCUUCGGCGUCGGCGAGAGGACUGGCGUCGCCAUGGCCGAGGCUCUGAUGACGAACCGCGUGCUGGAGUCGCUCGAGAUUGUCAGCCCGUGGCUCGGCGAUGGCACCGGCGUGGCGAUGGCGCGGGCGCUGAGGGUGAACAGCACCCUGAAGGAGCUGCGCCUUGCAGGGGGGCGCAUCGGCGACGAGACCGGCGUGGCCGUUGCGGGGGCGUUGAAGGCCAACGCCUCUCUCAAGUCCUUGUCGCUGGACUACUGGGGAGCCGGCGAGACGGACAGCGACGAGGAGCUCGAGGAGCCCAGCCUGGAGGGUUUUUCCAAAAGGCUUAG